GUUUCGUGGUGGUCGCUGCGGAGACAACAAAAACCAAAAACCAAGAUGAAAGCCCCCCGRACGCGCGGGAGCCCCCCCCGGUCCGGCUUCGGAACGUUCCGGUCCCUCUGCCUCUUCACCGGAUUGGUGCACUACACGCUGUGGGUGUACACGCUGGUUGCGGUGGGCACGGGCCGGCAUUCCGGCAGCGGCACGGGCCAUCGGUCGCUCCCCCUUCCCUUUCCCCUGGGCGUGUACGCCUGGUCGAUCGGCCAGGUCUUUGCGACGCUGGGGAUUUUCCGGCCGGUGGCGCGGGCCCUGACCGAGACCGCCUGGGAUUCCUUUGCCAGAACCAAAGCCGAAAGCGAAAGCGAAAGCCAACCCCGCCACGGUUGCGGCGGCAAGGGCCGGGCAAGUGGGAGAAUCCCGCCGCUGGACGUUCCGACGCUCUCCGUGCGGGAUUUCUACGCCCUCGGAGGAGACGAUGCCGACGCCGCGCGAUCGGCCCUGGAAUUUCUCGAGGGCACCUACGGGGCCGACUGGAGGGAGCGCCCUCUCUUGCUCCGGGGGCUCAUGGGAGACGGCGGAAGCAACAGCGACGCUGGCAACAGCAACAACGACAGCUACAACAACAACAACAACAACGACAACAACCAAGACGGCGGCGGCCCGGAAGACCGACAAAAACCGCGCAGGCUGCUGACCCCGGAGGGCCUUUUGUCGAUGAGCUCGGAGGACUGGACCAUUCCGUACUUCAAAGACGCCAGGAACCCCGGCGCCCUGACCCCGGACGGGACGGCCACCGUAUCGGAAAUCGUGCGGGCCAUGGUCUUCGAGGGAUCCCCGCACAAGAUCGGCUCGCAAAAGCUGGUCCAGAAGGAUCCCUCCCUCCUGGAACGCGAGGUGGCGCCCCGGGCGGGCUUUCUGGAGGGRCUCUUUGGGAACCACUUUUCCACCGACCAGCUGCUGAUGCCCUCCGGCGCGAASAAGGAUGCGGCCGGCGGCAGGGACAAGCGCAGUGGCAAGAACAGGCUCUCUCGCUUCCUCUCGGACCUGCUGCCGGGGACGACGACCGUUCCGGUCUUUGUGGCCCACACRAAGCCACUGCCGCCGGUCACCGAAGCAAGCGGAAGYGCCGGUUCCUGUCCGGCCACCGAUCGUGGCAACCACCCCGGCGGGCAGGAGRAAUCCCCGCAGCGGCCAAAGAAGCAAGCCACCACCACCCACACGGGCCUCCACUGCGAACCAAUCGCCAACGUGGCCGUCCAGCUGUGGGGGGCCAGGACCUGGACCCUGCUGGAUCCCUCCCAGACCUGGAACCUCAGGCCGGCCAUUAGCAACGACGGACGCUCCUUUUUCCCGUCCUGGAUCGACAUCGACACCGGUGGAAACGCCAGCAACAACAACGACGACGACCACGACGACCUUGCGGAGCCAACCCACAAGCAACUCGACACCCUGCCGCGCUACGAGGUUACCACCCGGGAGGGGGACGCCCUCUGGCUKCCGACCUGGACCUACCACAAGGUGGACUACGUGUACCGGGACGACGACGGCGGCGGCAGCAGCGGCUUCCACGACGAUACCGGCGGAGGCGCACCGGAGCCGCGGGCACAACGGCAGCACCGGUUGUCGAUCGGCGCCUCGCUCUUUCACUUCCGCCCCGUGGACUACCUGCGGCGCAACCCCCUCUUUGCGGUGCUCCUGAUUCCAUCGCUCGUGCGAGAACUCGCGGGCACGAAGACKCAAUAGAGAGAGGGAGCAAGCGAACGCGGGGCAMAACAAAACAAAACAAAAACA